UGUGGUGGAUAUAUACAGACUGUACCUGGUUCAAUACAAACACCAAAUUAUCCAGAUAGUUAUCCUCCGACAACAGAGUGUACUUGGAUCAUUGAAGCUGCUGCUGAUCACAACGUUCAACUGAUAUUCCUAACGUUUGAUAUUGUUUUGGACUCAUACUGUACUGGAGAUAAAGUAGAAUUUAAGGAUGGUCCUAAUGAAAAUUCUCCUUGGAUUGCGUCUUAUUGUGGAAACAUUUCACCACCAAAUAUAACAACUACAGGAAGAUACCUUUACAUUAGAUUUAUUUCAGAUGAUCAGAUACAGACCGCUGGAAUGCAUCUGUUCUUCGAUCAAGCAUGCAAAAUAAGUCUGAAUGAUAGCAGUGGUUUUAUAUCCUCUCCGAAUUAUCCAAGCAAUUAUCCAUCCUUAACUAAAUGUGUUUGGAUAAUCAGUCCUCCGUAUGAGUCGCUUAUUCAACUUACUGUACUAAAUCUUGAAAUUGAGUACGAAACCAACUGUUUAUAUGACUCAUUGAACAUUUAUGACGGCAAGAAUGAAUCUUCUCUUUUACUUGCAAAAUACUGUGGGUCUUAUACGAAUGAAGUGCUGAACUCGACAUCAAAUUUUCUUUUCAUCCAAUUCACAUCGGACACAUCAGGUAAGUUAAAAAUUCAUCGAUUAAUCAAAAAAGAAUGA